AAAAAGAAAAAAAAUCAAUUCAGAGUUUUUCUUUAAGAUAUAAAUACAGCUGAACUAAUCUUUCGGAUCAUCUUCCACCCAGGAAUCUUCUCAACACAGCAAGCUACCAGUACAAGAGUUGAACCGGUUUCUUUUCUAAGGUGUGUAUUGCAAAUGCAAGGAGAGAUGAUUAGCUUGUGGAUGUGAAAUUUGGAGAAUCCUGUUGCUGAAAGUACAUUGAAAACUUUAUUCAGGAACGGGAUGGCAUUUAAGGUGCAUUUGGAUUGCAGUGCAAAGACUGCAAUAGGGGUCAUCACCCUAAAAUGCAAAGGAUGCACAAUUGUCCCUGCAAACAAUUAAUUCAUGAUCAAUUGCAAUUAUCUGGAAUGCCAUUGUGAUGGCACCAUUAGUAUCAAGUCCAGGGGUUCAACACUAUUUUGACUCGGGUCUAAUAUGACUAAUUAUAAAGCAAGACGUAUCCUUGGUCUGAAAAUAGUGGACAAAAUAUGAGUCUAGCAUGUCUUGCAUGCCACAGCGUAGAAAGUCCAUCACGCUCCUUUAGAAGCUACUCAGUCUCGAGUUCAGACAAUGAAGGAAGAUGUACGGCCAUUGCCAACUGCAUAACCAGGAAGCUAUCUCAUCCUCCUCCCAGAGCAAACUCUUCUUUUGCAUCAUCAUCAUCCAAAGUGACCCCGCAACCACUUAAUCCAAGUAAUGACAGCAUGACAGGACCCCCACGAUUAGUACGCAGUCGUGCUGUGAGAAGAGACCUUGUAAGAGAUUGGAAUUUUGAUGGGGUUGUGAUGGAGCGUUAACUACUUCAAGAAGGAAGACUACCGUAAUCUUUGCUCGAAUGAUAGCAUUAGAGAUUUAUCUUGCUGUCUUUCCUUGGACUUUGUUUGUUAUGGAUGCAGUUAAGCUCGCUUUUCCACUUGACGAGUUUGCGUUUGUGAUCAUCUUAGGAAAAUCAAUUGCGAAAUCUUGUUCAUAUUUCAUUUCUUUU